ACGUAAUGCGCCGUGUGAUGACUUUUCUGAUCCUCCACGUCGGCCAUUUUGUCGUGGGUUCACCGUUCGGAUGAAAUUUGUACGUGGGUAAAUCACAUUGGAUCACAUGAGAGCGGUUAGUUUUGGUUGUUGAACAUUGAGGAAACAAGCCACAGAUCAAGGUAGCCCACCAUUGAUUGUUUACGCUGAAUCACAGCACACAACCAACUGAUUGUACGUGUGUCACUGCUGUUGCCUAUACAUCAGUCACCUGUGUGUAAACAGACAUGGGAGCAUUUGCGAGUUUAUUUAAGGGCCUUUUCGGCAAGAAGGAGAUGAGGAUUCUCAUGGUGGGGCUGGACGCCGCCGGAAAGACGACAAUUUUGUACAAACUCAAGCUUGGAGAGAUUGUCACAACCAUUCCCACCAUUGGUUUCAACGUAGAGACAGUUGAAUACAAGAACAUCAGUUUCACAGUAUGGGACGUCGGUGGCCAAGACAAAAUCAGACCUCUCUGGCGACACUACUUCCAGAACACACAAGGGUUGAUAUUUGUAGUAGACAGCAACGACAGGGAAAGAGUGGGUGAAGCCAGAGAGGAACUCGUCAGGAUGGUGAACGAAGAUGAGCUGAGAGAUGCCCAUCUUCUGGUGUUUGCAAACAAACAGGAUCUUCCCAAUGCAAUGAAUGCGGCCGAGAUCACCGACAAACUGGGCCUGCACAGCCUUCGGGGCCGCCAGUGGUACAUCCAGGCCACAUGCGCAACGAGCGGCGAUGGUCUGUACGAAGGCCUAGACUGGCUGUCUGGCCAGUUGAAAAAUUUGAAAUCAUGAAAAGACAAAUUCAUACAUUGAAAAUGGGGAAUGAGUUCUUUGGGUCAUAUUUGUAGAAAACGGGAAAUCGUGAAGAGUGGAGUUACAUGUUUUAUCUGAUGGUAGGAAGAACCCUACUAAAAAUUAUGUCUGGAUUUUUUUUAAAGAUAAU